UGGCAUUGUUUAUGAAAACAAUUCGAUCGAUGUUGUAAAUUUUCGUUUCGUAUCUCGUUUAACCUAUUUUUCCGCCGGACCAAUCGCACCGUGGCAUGGUGCCGGAUUGUUGACUGAAGCUUCCAUCGAAGCAUAAAAGGUUGCCGGUAAACACUUGCUUCCAAUAACCGCGAUGAAGCUCAAAACUCUGCUCUUGCGGCUACUGCUUAGCAUUGUAUCGUUGGUUGUGUUUAAUGAGUUCGUUGUUUACUACAUUGUGCUGUUAAAAUGUCAAUGGCCAUCCAAACCUGCUACCGUGAAUGGAAUGGAACCUGUGAGUGUAAUGUUAUUAGCCGAUACGCAUCUGCUAGGGCCUGUUAGAGGCCACUGGUUCGACAAGCUGCGACGCGAAUGGCAAAUGCAUCGAGCCUUCCAAUCAGCCAUCACCCUGUUUCAGCCGGAAGCUAUCUUCAUUCUAGGGGACGUAUUCGACGAAGGGAACUGGGUAAAUCAGAAGGAAUUUGACAACUACAUCGAACGUUUUCGCAAACUGUUUCACACUCCACGGGGAGUAGCGCUACAUAGUAUUGUAGGAAAUCACGACAUAGGCUUCCACUAUGCCACACGACCCAAUUUGGUACAACGAUUCGGAGACCAGUUCAACAAUACCGGCGUAUCGCUGAUCAGCCUUAGAGGUGUUCAUUUCGUGGCGAUAAAUUCGAUCGCGAUGGAGGGUGAUGGGUGUUAUCUGUGCGAGAAGGCAGAGAAAGAGCUGAAAUCGAUCGAAACCAUCUUCAAAUGUGGCAGAGGAGUAGGUCAGUGCAAGGAUGUUCCGAAGCUGGAAGAGUACAGCAGACCUAUUGUGCUGCAGCACUUUCCCAUGUACCGGGAGUCGGACAAAGAGUGCCAGGAGCAUGACUCACCACAAGUGGACCUAUACCGUGAGCGUUGGGAAGUACUAUCGAAGGAAUCCACCGAUUUGAUUGGGGAUUUGCUUAAUCCGAGACUAGCUUUCAGCGGUCACACGCAUCAUUACUGCCAUAUGUUGAAGAAUCGCAUAAAGAUAGAAGAAUACACGCUACCUUCGUUUAGUUGGCGCAACAAGAACAAUCCCAGCUUUAUGUUGGCACGCAUAUCGCUCAAAGAGUACACCGUAUCACGGUGCCGAAUGCCGGAGGAAAACACCAUUGUAACGAUAUACCUCGUGGGAGGAAUUUUGAUACUUCUCGUGUCGACCUUAAAAAUAGGAGGCUUCAUCGGGCAAAUGUGGUCGUUCCUUUGCCGGGGUCGCAAAGAUUACAAAAAACUUACCAAAUAGCUCAACAGCUCGGGCUCAAAUCAUAGUUGAUAAGAAAGCAAACGAUCGUGGUAGAAAUAAUAGACGAAAUAGUGAAUCUUAACAUUUCCCCAUCGAGAAAGAGCCUACGAUGAGUUUAUUAUUCUUUGGAUAUCUUUCUCUUUCGCAUCGUAUGAAUUAAUUAAUAAAUUUUAACGAAAAAUA